UCGAAUACCCUUUUGAGCUCUCUCUCUCUCUCUCUCUCUCUCUCGCUCUCUCCUCACCGUUUCCCUUCUCCCUCGCGAGCUCCACAAACCCUAGAAAUCGUGCAACUUCGAAGCGAAUCGAUCCAUCUCCACACCAAACCCCCAAGUGUUUUUGAUGAGAAGAUGAGCUCGAAGAAGGUUCCAUUUCACAGACACAGGGAAGCUGAGGAGGCUAGGAAGAAGAGGGAGGAGGAUGAAGCUGCUCGAGUAUAUGCGGAGUUUGUAGAGUCGUUUAAGGGCGAUAGCGCGCCUGGGUCAAAGGCUUUUGUAAGAGGAGGGGUUAUCGAUCCAAACGAGAAGCUUAAAGCCGAUUCAGAAGGUGGAAAGUCCAAAGAUGGGGUGUCUAUUCCAAAGAAGGGAAGUAGGUAUGUCCCAUCCUUCUUGCCACCUGCGUCUCAAGGAAGAGAGCCUGAGAGAAAGAAGGAUGAGGAGAGGCCAAAGGAGAAAGAGAAAGGAAAGACCCGGGCCAUUGACAAAUUUUUGGAGGAGUUGAAGUAUGAACAAGAACUGAGAGAGAAGCGUAGUCAGGAACGUGAGCAGUGGCGUGAAGGGCGCCAUAGUGAAAACUCUGCUCCACCUAGCCGCUUCGAUGAGCUGCCAGACGAGUUUGAUCCUAGCGGGAAAUUUGGUGGUUCAUUUGAUGAUGGAGAUCCCCAGACCACAAAUUUAUAUGUUGGCAACCUCUCACCUAAGGUGGAUGAAAAUUUUCUUUUGAGGACCUUUGGUAGGUUUGGUCCCAUUGCCAGUGUGAAGAUCAUGUGGCCUCGGACAGAAGAGGAAAGGAGAAGGCAAAGAAAUUGUGGCUUCGUUGCUUUUAUGAAUAGAGCAGAUGGGCAAGCUGCGAAGGAUGAAAUGCAAGGUGUAGUUGUCUACGAGUAUGAAUUGAAGAUUGGGUGGGGUAAAUCUGUGUCUCUUCCAGCACAGGCACUGCCUGCUCCCCCACCGGGGCACAUGGCGAUUAGAAAUAAGGAGGGGGGUACUGUGAUUAUAUCUGGUCCCGAUGGUCCGCCUGUUACAUCUGUUACAACUCCAAAUUCAGAGCUGGUACUUACACCAAAUGUGCCAGAUAUAAUAGUUGUUCCUCCAGAGGAUGGUCACCUUAGGCAUGUUAUUGACACAAUGGCUUUACAUGUUCUUGAUGGUGGAUGUGCUUUUGAGCAAGCAGUAAUGGAGAGAGGCCGUGGAAACCCACUUUUUAAUUUUCUAUUUGAUCUCAGAUCAAAAGAGCACACAUACUACGUUUGGAGGCUAUACUCAUUUGCUCAGGGUGACACUCUUCAGCGCUGGCGAACAGAGCCUUUCAUCAUGAUUACUGGCAGUGGAAGGUGGAUCCCCCCGCCUCUGCCACCUAGUCGAAGCCCUGGGCUUGAGAAAGAAUCUAAUAUUACCUAUGCAGCUGGUAGAAGCAAACGUGUGGAAUUGGAGCGUACACUGACAGAUUCACAGAGAGAUGAAUUUGAAGAUAUGCUGCGUGCUCUGACAUUAGAGAGGAGUCAGAUAAAAGAAGCUAUGGGAUUUUCCUUGGAUAAUGCCGAGGCUGCUGGAGAGAUAGUCGAGGUUCUUACAGAAUCCCUGACGCUUAAGGAAACACCUAUACCCACCAAAGUUGCAAGGCUUAUGCUAGUAUCUGACAUCCUUCACAACAGUAGUGCUCCUGUGAAGAAUGCUUCGGCCUACCGAACUAAGUUCGAAGCAACCUUGCCGGAUAUAAUGGAGAGCUUCAAUGACUUGUACCGCAGCAUCACAGGAAGGAUUACUGCUGAAGCCCUAAAGGAACGAGUUUUAAAGGUUUUACAAGUGUGGGCAGACUGGUUUCUUUUUUCUGAUGCAUACUUAAAUGGUUUGCGAGCUACUUUUCUCAGAUCGAGCAACUCAGGUGUAACUCCGUACCACUCAAUAUGCGGCGAUGCACCAGAAAUAGUAAACAAGACAAGCUCUGAAGAAAACAAUGAAGGAGCCAAGAUUACUCAAGAUGGUGCACUAGCGAUGGGAAAAGCUGCAGCAAUGAAAGAGCUUUUAGGACUUCCUCUUGCUGAACUUGAAAGGCGAUGCCGGCAUAAUGGCCUUUCAUUGUGUGGUGGGAGAGAGAUGAUGGUUGCGAGAUUACUAUACUUGGAGGAAGCAGAACGAGAGCGAGGCUAUGAACGAAAUGACGAUUUGAAGUAUGGACAAGCCCAAGUUAGCAAAACUUUAAGAGAUGAGAGUAGCUUUAAUCCUCAUUUAGAAAGUGUGAAUCUAGCUAGUGUUAGCCAGUAUGGGAAAGAAGUGAUUCGAGCACAUCCUGAAGGUUCUGCUUCACCUGAAGCCAAGGAUAUUAUGAACAAGAGAGAGAAAAUAGACCCUGUUUUACCAGCUUCUAAAUGGAGUCGGGAGGAUGAUGUCAGCGAUGAUGAAGAUAAAAAAAGUGGUUUGGGCAUAAGCUAUUCGUCUGAAAGCGAGGCUGCUGGUGAUCUUGGAAAGGCAGUUGAAGCAGAAGUAGCUGCUGAUAAUGUCAUGAAUGAAGAACAAAGGCAGAAAUUAAGACGGCUUGAGAUUGCUGUGAUGGAAUACCGUGAGUCUCUUGAAGAACGAGGAGUCCGAAAUACGGAGGAUAUUGAGAAGAAGGUAGCAGGUUAUCGGAAACGCCUCCAAUCAGAAUUUGGUUUGUCAGAUUCUGUUGAUGACGGCAGCAAGUCCGAGAGAGCAUCCACAGAGAUAAAGGAGAGACGGGACGAAGCUCGCGAUUCUGUGAGGAAGCGCCGCCGCAGCGAGAGCCGAAGCCGCAGCCCCCGCAGAAAUAAGUCUUUAGACAGAGACAGAGACAGAGAUAAAGACCGGCAUCGCGAAAGAGAGACGUCGCGCGAGAAGAGUGGAAGUAGGGAGCGGGAUGAUCACCAUGGAGAUAGAAGCAGGGAGAGGGACAAAGACAGGAGGCGAAGGGGAAAGUGAGACCAUCACUAAGAAAAUAAAGAGAAGCUAAUCUUGGCUUUUCGAGCAGCAGAAGCUUCCAGUAUUGGGAUAUUUGAACCAGAAGCUUGUGGAGUAGAUGGCGAGCACCGAGGAUGAGAAGAAUUAGCUGCAACAGAGGGUAAUUUGAGUUUAGUAGUUAGGUUUUUGGUUUUGUUCAGAACUUGUAAAACUUUAUUGUUGCCGAGGGUUUGACUUCGUAAGAUAUGGGACCUUCAUGUUGAAUAUGUGUUUCUUUCCCAUGGUAGCAGUUGUAUUUCUAUUUCAGUUGCAAUCUUUGGUUUCAACCAUUCACGAAAUCCGGUUCAUUCAGAAACAUAGCGGCAUGGUGAUGUUAUGCAAUUCAAUUAUCUAGUGGUGAAAUUGAUUAGAAAUUUAUCUAGUAUAAGUUCAACUAAGAAUAAUUGUGUAAAAACUCCUCUUUCAAUUGUCUUGUAGCAUAUUUUUUAGUUUGUCCUUGA